AUGAGUCCUAACAUCAAGAAGAUUACAUCACUGGCAUGUCUUUCCAUAGAAGACAAAGACGCCUUCGCCGCCGCUCUCCAUCGUCCACCAAGCACAAUAUGGGGAGAACACACCACUAAUCCUGGACUUGCUGGGCUUGGAACGACCGACACCACCCAUGGCUUGAACGAAAAAAAGAAAAUUGCAUUAUUGCCAGAUCAUUUACUACAGAAGCAAAAAGGGUUGAAGAAGCUCAUGUCGAUAACGCAUCCGAAGGGGUACUGCAAACUUCAUGAGACUCUCCACACCUACAUCAUCAGCUCGAUUCUCCACAAGGUCCGCCGCGAGGUCACCGGGCCGCAAUUCAAUAUCCUCGUACCACUCCAGCAUCCUGUUGCGGAAUCUCUGGUCACUUCUCUGAAGAAAAUCAACGCUUAUUGGACUACGCCAUCUGAUUACCUUAAGAUAUUCCCCGUCAUAAAGGCCCCCCUUGAGUCUGGGCCAGUUUGUUUUCAAGAAAAAAAAUGUGAUGCGUGUAUUUUAGCGGCUAUUUCUGGGAACAAAGAGGCGUUGGAAGCUCUUAGAACGUCGAGCUUUUCGAAGAGAAAGACGGGGGGGAGGCUGGUUGAAUGGCUUGAUCGUUGGCUGUUCUCUUUGGGGGGGGGAGUGUUAUGUGAGGUCCGGGAAAGGUCCGAGAUAAACGCCCAUACCCUUAGGAGUCUCAAAUGCGGGCUUAUCAAAAAGCAGCCCGCGGAGGAUAAGGCAAUGGAACUUGGCGAUACUAUGGGCGCGGAGGCAGAACAACUGUCUGACGAUUAUGGAAGCCUGGAGAAUUAG